AUGCACGUAGCCUAUAUAGACUUCAAGAAGGCUUUUGACAGCGUGCCACAUCAACGUCUCCUAUACAAGCUCAGCCGCAUAGGGGUAAGAGGCAAGCUUUUGAAGUUGAUUGAAAACUCUGUGAUCGCUCGGUCUCAGACUGUCCGUCUUAGUGGCCAACAAUCGACAGAGGUGACGGCUACGAGCGGAGUGCAUCAGGCCUCCGUUCUUGGCCCUAUCAUCUUCCUCAUCUAUGUUGAUGACUGCAUCCAUGGGUUGGACUGUGACAUUGCCGUGUUUGCUGACGAUAUAAAGCUUUGGACCGUCAUCCGCAACGAGGACGAUGAGGCAAAUCCACAGGCAAACUUGGGCCGACUCAAACAAUUGUCAAGUCACUGA